UACCCAAUGUGUGGCUUCGACCGAACAAUCAAAGACAACAGGCGGACGCUGCAAAGGCUCUAUUGACAGUUCCUGACGGAGAUCAUCUGACGUUGUUGAAUGUUUAUAACCAGUACAUGCAAAAUAUCCAUGACAAGAACUGGACAUGGACACACUACCUAUCCCAUCGUGCGCUGCAACAAGCAGACAAUGUUCGUGCGCAGCUACAGCGGACAAUGGAGCGCUUUGAUAUAGAUCUGCUGUCGAUGUCAGAUGAGAAGAAACUGUACACUAACAUUCGGAAAGCCUUGGUGUGCGGGUUCUUCAUGCAAGUUGCGCACAAAAAAGAAGGAGAGAAAGGGAAUUAUCUCACUGUGAAGGACAACCAG